GCGUUAGUUAGUUCCAAAGUGGCGUUCGUUGAUUGCGGCCGCAAGUUGAGUAUCGUUGAUAAAAUCCUCCUCAAACAGCUAUAUUUGCCCAGUCAUGGCGUUUAACAAAGACGAAAUGAACGCACCCAAGUGGAUGGAUGGGGCGUUUUUCGAGAAAGUUCUCCGACGGUCCGAGGCGGAUGAUUCCGUUACCGUGGCGGAGUUUCAGACCACGCCCGGCAGUCGUCCGGGGGACCACUUUGCGAGCAUCAUAUUUCGUGCUGCCGUGAGUUUUGUGUCGUUUGGAGAGAAAAAAGAAAUUUCACUUAUUGUUAAAACGAUGCCCGAGCUUGAGGGGCUUAAAAAGGAUGUCCUCAAGGAUGGUAAACUAUUCGAGACCGAAACGAUCAUGUACGAAGCCGUACUUCCGGAAAUGCAUAAACUUUUAAGGCAAGCUGGAGAUGACACCAAACUUGGACCACGUUUACUGUACUCAUCCCAGGAUCCAACAUGGGUGAUGGUUCUUGAAGACCUUUCCAAACAGAAUUACGUAAUGAAGGAUACUCAGCUGAAUCUAGAAGAGUCGAAAAUUCUUUACGCCAAACUAGGCAGAUGGCAUGCUGCUUCUUUGUGUCUUUCGGAAAAGAUUCCCGAAAUGAAAUCGUUGGACUACAAUUUGGGCGUUAUAAUGAAUGAAAAAGUUGCUGAAGCAUGGAACAAUAACAUCAACAUUUUGGCUAAAAUGUGCCUGGAGUGGCCUGGAUAUGAACAUUUUAGUGAGCGUUUAGUUAAACUCAGGAAUCCUCUGCUCAAAAGGUUGAAAGAAAUGUAUACUGAUCAAGAUAACAUUUACAACGUACUAAACCAUGGAGAUUGUCAUUACAAAAACUUUAUGUACCAAAUACUGGAUGGAAAAACUGAAGACGUAAUGUUGCUAGACUUCCAAAUCAGUACUUGGGGAUCACCUGCCCUUGAUAUCAUCUACUCAAUGUACAAUUCAGUCAGUAUUGAAACCAGAGACAAACAUCGCGAAGAGUUGACCAAAUUUUACUACAACGAAUUUGUGAAUGCUUUGAAAAUGUUCGAAUUUCAAGGAAAGAUCCCUUCGUUGAUAGAUCUCCGCAUCGAAAUAACAAAAUGCGGUCAUUUGGAAACGUUCCUCACAACCAUGUUUCUCCCCCUGCUGAUACUGACUCCGGAAGAGAUGAUGCCCCAGCUAGCCGAGCAGUCCGACGAGGCCAUUCAGGUGGACUUUUCCGACGUCAAAGAGCAGGAAAAGCUGGCAGAGCACUGCUUCAAACAUCCCAGAUAUACGGCUGUGAUGAAAAAGUGUCUGCCGGUAUUUGAUAACAUGGGAUUGUUAGAUCUGUAAGAAUUUGUAUGAAAUAUGAGACUAUGGUUAAUAAACAUUUUUAAUAAUAAAAAUAUAAUUUUA